AUGGCGACCUGGGCGGGCGCUGAGGAGGCAGGAGGAGGAGGCCGGAAGAAGGGCCGAUGUAAAUGGUACAAUGUUGUAAAAGGGUGGGGGUUCAUAACACCAGAUGACAAGACUAUCGCAGAGGUGUUUGUACAUCAGUCGGUGAUUCAUAAAACAGGAUUCCGAAGUUUGGAAGAAGGUGAGGAGGUGGAGUUUGAAUACAAUGUCAGUAAAAAAGGCUUGGAAGCGAUCUAUGUAUGCGGACCGGGAGGAUCGGAGUGCAAGGGAAGUGCAAAGCGACCCUUGUCCAGGAAGAAAUACCGAAAAAUCAGGUGUUAUAACUGUGGUGACUUCGGGAAUCACAUGGCUGCCAAAUGUCCCCAUGGUCCUCUUCCAAAACGAUGCCACAGCUGCAAGUCCACCGACCAUCUGAUCGCGGACUGCCCCGAGAAGGACAACUCUAGGAGGAGCGGAAGUAACGGAAGCCGAUCUGGUGACCAUGGCAACGACAGUAAUGGUAAUGAGGGAUUUUCUGGAAUGGGCCAAGGUCUCGUUUGA